AUGUCGCCAUCCCGAUUCCCUUGUCUGAGAGCGCCGGCAGUAGCAGCAGCAGCAGCAGCAGCAGCGGCAAGCCAGACAUGUCUGCGGGCCUUCUCCACAGCCCCCAAGAAACAGGAUAGCGGCCUGCUCUCCAUUCUCGGUGAAAGUACUGCCCGCAACACCUCCUCCAGCCAGCAGCAUGGCUCGUCUGUGGCCACGCGCCUAGCCAGAGAAGCAGGCCUCGACCGUCCCACACAGACACGUGAGAUGAUAGAGUCGGAGAGGCGAAGCCAGUUUCAGCGCCAAAUAUACCGCAAAUGGCAGCCUGGCGAUGUCUAUGCGCCGCACGAUCUGUCAGGCGCAGAGCAGAAGAAAUGGAAGUACGGGCGCAAGAGGCCGACCGAGGAUGCCUUCGAUGUCUUGGGCAUCAACCCCAUUCUCGAGUACAAGAACUUCACAAUCAUGUCAGAGUACAUGACCGAGACGGGACGCAUCAAGCACUCCAAGGACACCGGUCUACGCCCCAAGAACCAGAGGAAGAUUGCCAAGGCGAUACGGAGAGCAAUUGGCCUGGGUCUGAUGCCCAGUGUACAUCGACACCCCUUGGUCAUAAAGAAGAGCCACCCGUCGAGAUUCUUGUAG